GCGAUCGAUAAACACGCUUUUCUUUGCCACCCUACCUUCUAACCACACGCGGCAAACUUAGACCCACCACGCUGCUCCAAUGCGUGUUGACGCGUUUAGGAUGAUAAAAUUUCUUUUAUCUAACACUAUGUUAACGAUAGUAUCGGGUUAACCGGGACCGACAGCUUAAUGUGCUCUUAGAGGCACUGGGAUGUUACACUACCAACUUCCCAACUGCGGCCUGAGAAUUUAACUGAAAUUUUAUUACAAAAUAUGAAAGCUCAGUAUGUCAUAACUCAUAGCCGACCAAGGAGUCGAACCCAGGAUCUCGUGAUCGGAAGUCACACAGGCUAACCACUGGAUCAAUUAGGCAGUUACAUGGCGUCAUUGUAUCCUUUUUUAUUUAUCUCUUAAAUACGGGCCCGAUAAGUGGGAACCUGCCCUAAGGCACGGGUAUUCAAAGCUUGUGUUCACAGAUGAAUGUGGCAAUAUCUUUAUUUUUUUCUUUUUAUUUGAUCUACCAACAGAUGUGUAAAUAUUACAAUAAUUAAAAAUAUAUCCAAGGAGUAAUACCAUGAUAAAAAGUAAAUAUAUUUACGGAUAAACACCGCAUGCAAACUGUCUAAAGUUUAAAAUAUACUUAGACUAUUAUUUUAAUAAUUAUAUUUGAUGAGGAGAUCUACAAUUAUGAUAAUAAUUUAUAAACAUGCAUAUAAUAUAAAGAAAACCAACUAAAUAAAAUAAAAAAUCAAUAAAACACAUGAAACUUGAUAAAAUAAAAAACAAAUUUAAUUAAAUAAUAUAAAUCUAGUUGUGUAGGAAGAAGAAAGAAGUCCUGGCUACGAAAUAUAAGGGAGUGGACUGGCAUAAAGACAGUCGAAGAACUUUUCCGCCUAGCCAUGGACAAGGAAAAGUUUAGAAAGCUGACCGCCGACCUUCAGUAAUGGAGAGGCACUCUAAGAAGAAGAAUAUAAAUCUAAUUACUUUCUACUUAAUUCUACCGAUUUUGGCUAUGGCUAGCCAGCCACAUUUUGCAAAUGAUAUCAUUUUUAUUAGACCAGUGCCAGUACACCUACAUCAACGUAAAGUAUUCUAAUACUUGGCGUGAGGUAAUACUUACAUCAAUAGUUUUAAAUCGCAUAAAUAUAGUGUUAUUCUUAUUAUUUUAAGCCUACGUCGUUUUACAUUGUAUUUUCGUCAUCUGACAUGGCCAUUUCGAUUGGCUAGUCCAAAGUAAUCCACUGUUGUUGUUGUUGAUUAAAUUAUCCUGUCAAAAGUUGUGAAUGUACCUCAAGACAUUGUUCAACAUUGGCGUUUUUUUUUUAUUUUAAAUCCACUUCUGAGUUUCUUUAAUAAUAUUUUCUAGUCACUCAACAAGUAAGGUUAUAUUUCCUAGUCACUCAACAAGUAAGGUAAUAUUUCCUAGUCACUCAACAAGUGAGGUAAUAUUUCCUUAUCACUCAACAAGUGAGGUAAUAUUUCCUAGUCGCUAGUUAGUCAACAGUAAAUCUCAGAGACAAAAGAAACAAUGCUCGUGUUCACAGAUGGACGUGGCGACCUCUCUGGCUACAGUGAAGGCGGCGCACGCCGCGCUGCUGGUGCUGGCUGCUUUCAGCCUCACCGCCUACAAGUGGCCGACCAGCGCUCCGGUGACAGAGGGCGAAGUGUACGACUACAUCGUGGUGGGCGCGGGCACAGCGGGCAGCGUCGUGGCCAACCGGCUCACGGAGAACCCCGACGUGCAAGUGCUGGCCAUUGAAGCUGGGGGAGAACCCGCCUUUGAAACCGAAUACGCCGGUUUGUUCCCGCUCCUAACAAAAACAAACUACGAUUGGAACUACGUGUCAGAGGACGACGGCUACACCGCGCAGUACCACAGGAACGGCUACCUGGACCUGCCUUCCGGCAAAGUGUACGGAGGCAGCAGCACCUUACACCACUUCUAUUACGUGAGAGGACACGCCAACGACUACAAAGCAUGGGCCCACGCGGCAGGAGACCAGUCCUGGUCUUUCAAAAAUCUUCUCCCGUAUUUUAAGAAGAGCGAACGCCUCGAAGAUGAGGAGAUCCUUAACUCUGCCACUGGCAAAUACCACGGGACCAACGGCUCCAUCAUCAUAACACGCGAGCUGCGGGACUCACCGCUCAAAUACCUCGAAGCUUUCAAGGAAGUUGGGCAUAAUGUCGUAGACGAUCUCAAUACCGGCGACACCUUAGGGUUCGCAAGACCCAUGUUUACCAUAGGAGACGGAAUACGGCAGAGCAGCGCUAUAGGCUACCUCUCGCCACUAAAGAACCGACCUAAUUUCCAUUUAGCAAAAGAAACCACAGUCGAUAAAAUUUUGAUCGAUGAAAAUAAAAAUGCUAUAGGUGUCCAGGCUUCUGCAAACGGUCAAACUUUCAACAUUUACGCCCGGAGAGAGGUGAUAGUAUCGGCGGGUACGUUCAACUCACCGAAACUUCUGAUGCUGUCUGGUAUCGGACCGAAAAGUCAUCUCGAAAGUUUGGGUAUCGAAGUAGUAGCCGACUUGCCUGUGGGGCAAAAUAUGGAGGAUCACGUUACCGCAUUCUUAGUGCAUAAAUUAGGAGAAGCAAGUGAAACUCCCGCUCCCGAAAACCCGUCUCUUUUCCCAAUACCGACGUUCGUUGGUGUAGAUGCUGUGGAUAAAACACAGAGCCAUCCUGAUUACGUGACUCUGAAUUUAAUAUGCAGAAACAAUCCCAGCAACUUGGCGCUACUCUGUUCUAGUGUUUUCGGACUACACGAUGACGUGUGUAACCAGCUCAUCACAGCCGGUACAGGUAACGAAAUUCUGGCAACGGUGUUCAACGUAGCUCGUCCGAAAUCGCGAGGGGAAGUCGUCUUGCGUAGCGCAGAUCCUAAAGAUACACCAAAAAUCUACACGGGCUACUUUUCCAACAGCGAAGACUUGGAGAACAAUGCGGCGUACAUUGAAGACUUCAUUAAAGUGACCAAUUCUAGUUUCUUCCGCGAAGUCGGCGGUGAGACGAUGUACUUCGAUCUGCCGAACUGCAGGGGCUUGGAGCUGAACACGCGCGAGUACUGGAAGUGCUACGUGCUCAACAUGAUGGACACGACCUUCCACUACAGCAGCACGUGUCGGAUGGGGUCGGUGUUGGACGCCAAACUGAAGGUUCUGGGGGUCAACAAGCUAAGAGUUGUGGAUGCUAGCGCAAUGCCGAACACGGUUAGUGCAAAUAUAAACGCCGCAGUACUAGUACUGGCGGAGAAAGCCGCAGAUAUGAUAAAGAAAGCCCAUAAAGCACAACCGACUAAACCACCUAAACCAACCAAACCAACCAAACCAACCAAACCAACCGAACCAACGAAACCAACCAAACCAACGCCACCAAAACCACUCCUUACCUUACCUAAAAUUUUAGGCAUUGAUCUAGCAAUCUUAUAAAAACGCUCAAAAUGAAAGACUGCAAUCAGUAGCGUGCACAAUAUACAAACUCAAGUAUAAAUUUGUACAAAAUGGAAAACUCUUCCUUCAACACUGAUUAACAACAUAAUAAGUCAUCAUCAAUCAGGGUAAUGUUGCCUUUUUGCGUCUACAAAUGCAUGCAAUUGAUUGCUAUAUCAAUAUUUUAAUGUGUUUUUCAAACCUUGUGUUUAGGUAGAACUUUAAAAAAGUAGAAGUUUAUAAUAUCUUGUGAUAUUUAAAAGUGGUACAAAAUGUAUUUACCUAUUAUUUACAAUUAAUAAUACUUAUUAAUUACGACUUCGCUCUCUUAUCGCUCUCUGUUAA